ACUACAAAAAAUUAAGGUCACAAUACGCACAUUUAUGAAGUUAGGUAGUCAAGAUCUAUUCUAUUUUCAAUUAGUUUGUUCUGUUAAAAGCAUAAACAACAUUUUAAUAUUGUUAUAAUUAAUGAUCUUAUGAGAAUUUUGUUUCGAAAAAAACUAACUCCAUUAGUUACUAAAUUUCAAGUAAAUGUGAACAAUAUUUGCGAAUCAUAUGAUGUAAAGAAAAAGGAUAAUUUGGAAAAUACUGAAUCUUGUAAAGUAGAAUAUACAAAUUCAACUGAAAAGGAUAUUGUAUCAGAUUCCCAAUCAUCAAGUCUAGAUGAUAAUUCACUUUCUCAUCUUUUACCAAUCAAUAAUAAUGAAAAGAAUAAUUUGCCAAAAGAUAAAAACGAUGAAAAUAAACUCAAUGAAGAUCUAUCUUGUUUAACUGAACCAAAUCUAUGUGAAAAAGAGAAUUUAUCAAGUUACUUAAAUAACGAAUCUUUAAUAAAUACAAUCAAAUGUUUAAAUGAACCAAAAUUACAAAAACAUGAAAAUGAUACCUUGGAAACAGUAGAAAAGACCAAUAAAAUAAUAUCUGAUAAAAAGGAAUUCAUAAAAGAAGUUUCACAAAUUCAUCAUUCAAAAUUAUCCAAUUUUCCUAUUAUAAAAAAUAAUGAAAAUAAAUUAUUAAGACGAAUUAAAACUGAACGUCAUUGUAAUAAUAAUAAUAAUAAUGUACAAUUUAAUAUCAUUGAAAAAAAUUGUCAACUAUCAACAGAACGUUUAAAAAUAGCUAAAGAUGAAGUUGAUGAAGCAAUAAAAAGUCGAAAAAUAUUUUCUGUUCUUGGUCCUUAUAAUCGUAUAAGAAAAGCAUUACGAACUCGUGGAUGGAUUGAGAAAUUUGAUGUCAAUAUUGGACCACCAGGACAAACUACACAAGAAUCAAAGAAAACUAUACGAUCGAUUACUAAUGUAAAAACUGUACGAAAUUCCAAUUCAUCUUCGAAUGAUACAGCACUAGAAGAUUCUGAAGAUGGAGAUUCAGAUGAUGAUGUGAAUGCUGUGAAUGAGGAAAAACAACGUGUUCAACCGUGGGAAGAAGAUAAUGGAUACUAUGGAUUAUUGUCACGUAUGGUUCGUUCAGAGUUGCCAAGAUUUAUUUGGUCACUACGUAAAAAUCAAGUUGAUUUUCAUAAUCUUCAAAAAGAUCAAAUUAUUAAUCAUCAUAGUGGUGCACCAUUUACAACUAAAGUUGGACUAUGUAAACAAUUACGUCAAAUAAGAUGGUUUGCUGACUGUAAUGCUGAUUACUUUUUUCCGCGUUGUUUUAUUAUCAGUGAAGAAGAAGAUCGGCAAUCUUUCAUAAAUGAUUUUAGAUUAACAGCAUGUAUAUCCAUCGUAAAAAUGAUUGCAAAUCUAAUUUCCGACGUUAAUCAAUUAGACUCAUUUGUGGUUCGAUCCAAUCCUAAAAUUGUUUGUGAUAUGAAUAAUGUAGGUGAGACUAAUGAAAAUGUAAAUACUACAAAGAAUUCUAACGUUCUGGAAAUUGAAGGUUCCCCAAAUAUUGAUUUAUCUAGAGAGAAUUCCUUAUCUUUUUUAAAUAACACAAUAUCCUAUAAAAAAGUUUGGAAUAUAAAUUUUGCACCAAGCGACUUAUUGAACAAUUUUGAAAUUCCAGAUGAAAUUAUAGAAUUUUCUAUUUUUCAAUGUCAAGAAUUUCUUAAGACCAAGUAUCAUGAUGAUCUUGACAGGUCAAGUAAACAUUCAUUUUCUUCUGAAUAUCCUUGGGAUAAAUUUUUAUCUUGGUAUUAUCAAAUAAUAAAAAUGCCUCAUUUACUUGUGACAGCUAAACAUUUAUCAUCUCAUUGUCAAUAUCUUUGUAAAUUACUUAAAAAAUAUUGUCCACAAUUUGAUAUGGAUGGAGUUCGUAAUGUUUGGAUUGUAAAACCUGGUGCAAAAUCAAGAGGGAGAGGUAUCGUUUGUCAUGAUCGAUUAGAUAAUAUUUUAAAAAUUGUACAAGGUAGUGUAUUUCUUACUGAAUCACGUUAUGUUGUACAGAAAUAUAUUGAAAGACCAUUAUUAAUAUAUAGAACAAAAUUUGAUAUUAGACAAUGGUUUCUUAUAACUGAUUGGGCACCAUUAACUGUAUGGUGGUAUCAAGAUUGUUAUUUAAGAUUUUGUUCCCAAGAAUUCACUUUGAAUGAUUUCAGUGAAUCAAUACAUCUUUGUAACAAUUGUAUACAACAUAAAUAUAAAAAUGGACCUAGAUCAUCGAAAUUACCAGAUGAAAAUAUGUGGACCUGGGAACAAUUUCAAACUUGGCUAACUGAACAAGGUCAACCGAAUUUAUGGACAGAGAAAAUUCAACCAGCAAUGAAAAAUGCUGUUCUAAAUGUACUGUUAUCUUCACAAGAAUCAAUUGAACCUAGAAAAAAUUGUUUUGGUCUAUAUGGAGCAGAUUUCCUGUUAACUGACAAUGACUACAGAAUAUGGCUUAUUGAAAUUAAUUCAAGUCCAUGUAUGUCACCGAGUACAUCUGUUACAGCUGUAUACACUGCUAGUGUAUUAGAAGAUACUUUGAAAGUUGUUUUAGAUAAAAAAUACAAUCGUAACUCGGAUGUUGGACGUUUUGAAUUAUUGUAUAGACAACCAUUUCAUAAUCCAUCUACUAUGUACACUGGUAUGGAACUUUAUGUAAUUGGAUCAAAAAUAAGUAAACCACAAUUGGAAAAUACAACUGUCCUACGUUGUUUUAAUAAAGCAACACUUGAUUUCAAUGGUCAGUCAUUACCAAAUCCAGAAGUGAAGGUUAUGUCAACAAUUGUUAGAGAUAAGAAGAAUAUGUCUCCUAUUGUCCUAAGGCAAACGAAAUCACAAACACGAAAAGAAAUUAAGCCAUCGAACACAGGUGAUGAGUAUGAAUGCACAACUGAAAUAGCAAAAGGAAUGAAUGGCUUACUACCACCUAUGAAGUGUGGAAAAUUUCCAACUGAUAAUCAGUCAACUAUGAACAUAAAUAUUGGUAAUCCAGUCAAACAUUUACAAUCGGUAAAGGAAACAAGGAAAAGUUCACGGUCAAAAUCUUGCAAAUAUGAAAAUGAAUUGAAAAUUUGCAACGUUCCUACUGUUUUAAGGUCUGUAAAAAAUAUUAGGUAUUUGACUGGUCUGGAAUCUAGUGUUUGUCUAUCGAAAUACAAUGAUGAUAUUUCACAUGACGUCAAUCUUUUAAAAUCAAGUCGAUCGGAGUCUUAUCUAAAAUCAUCUCUAGAAGAAUUAGAUAAAUCGAGACCACUAAUAAAUUGCACUGGUAUUUCAAGUGUUAAAGAUUCCCCUACAUCCAACUUGAAUCAAUCGAAGCUACGACUAAUGAAUAAAGGUGAGCUGAAUCAGUACACUGAAUAUGAAACAUACAAUAAUACAAAUCUAUAUUCUUCUCACCAAAGUAUACAUAGUAAAAAUAAAAAUUCACAGUCAUCAUCAUUAUUAUUACCUAAAAUACACAAAAAUCAAAAUUCAGAAUCUAAUAUAAAACUAGUUAGUUUAAAUUUAAACCGACCAAGAUCAUCGAAUAAAAUAAAGAGAUUAUCAUUGAAACUUGAACAACAUAGAAAUGAAAAGUUGAAUGUUGACACAAUACAUAAUACAACUUCAUCUAAUUUCAUUUCAACACAAGCUAAUUCAAUUAGAUAUUUACAUGAAAAGGAACUAUCCAAAAGACAAUCACAUUUUGAAAAGAUUAUAAUAGACAAAAAUAAGCAACUCAUUAAUAGACCAAAUAAAUUGCAAACAAUUGGGAAAAUCAAAUCUGCAUCUUCACAUCAAUCAUUAACCCAUCAGUCUACACUUAUUGUAGACCAACUAGAUACAAAUUAUAUACGGAAAAUACCUACUUAUAAAAAUUAUAUUGAUAAAAUCAAACUGAACAUUAUACAAUUUAAUGAAGGAGAUAGUCAUUUGAAGCAUAUUCAUCAUGAAAAAUCAAAUCAUAAUAAGUUGUAUAAACAUAUACAGAAAAGAUGUAUUAUUCUACGUAGAAUGAAAAAAAUUAGAAAAUCACCAGCAAUACGAAGAAAAUCAUUAACUUGUCAAUCACAGUCAAAACUUUCUAAAGUUUUGAUAGUAAAUCAAAGAUUGGCAGAUUCAACUAUGAAAGAUAAUUCUUUAAUGAAUUUUAAUGAAGUUUAUAACUGCCGAAAAUUGAAGGACAGUAGUGAUAAGAAUACUAAUAAUGAUAAGAAUACUGACAGUAUUCUUAAUAAUCUUAAUGCUAGUCACUGUGAUGUCACAAUUAAUUCUAGUGACUCUGUCACUUUGGAUAGUAAUGAUCCAAAUGAAAUCUCAAAGAUCAUUACUUCUUCCCCAAAAUCAUCUCUGAAGCAAAGUUCCACAGAUUCAGGAUUUGAUGAUGAAAUAUCAACUCAAUCGAAAACCUUUUUACCAUUAGAUAAUCUUUCAGCAGUUAUUACCAACAGGAAUAAUAGUGAUAAUAAGGCGAUAUCUAAUGAUAUUUCAUUUUGUAGCUUUAUUAAUUCUAGUAAAAUGUCCGUCAAUUUUCGUAAUACAGACGACACAAAAUUCCACAGGUAUAAUAUUAAUGAUAAAUUUAAUCUGAAAUUCCUUUCUCGCAUUGCAAACGAUUAAUUAAUUGAAAGCAAUAUGCUGAUCGGUUUAUUGCAGUCUAGUGAUGAUCCACGCUUAAUUAUCACCUUAUCUCAUUCUUUUUCUGUUCUGGAUUGCUCAAUUACUUUUAAUCUCUAUUGUCUACAAAGUUUUAACUUUAUUCACUAUUGUGAAAUCCUUAGUUUACUGUGAUAACCUUCAACUUUGGGAUGAAUUAUUAAAGAAUUGUAUUAACUGAUAUAUAUUUUUUUCAUGAAUCAUUUAAACUUACAUCUUGUCAUUUUAAGUAUUCUACAAGUAUUCCUCCAAUGCAUAUGUAAAUCAUUUAGACUUAUUUUUAAUUUAUCAGAUAUUUUAUUUGUUUCACAAAUCGAUAUAUUGAUUAAAAAUCAGGAAUGAUGAAACGUAUUUUAGUUAUCACAAAUAGACAUUAUUUACGAGGAUUGAUAUUUUCGGCUUGAACCAAUAGAUGUUGAUGGAUCAGUUAUUUAUGUUAAUAAAUUUAUAUUACUUUUUGUCAGUAAGUAACACUACGUAUCUCGUCGCCUUUUUAUUAAAUGAUGGAACAUAUUGUUUUAUAGGAGUUUUAGCCCUGUCUAAUCUAUCUUAUAUUGAAAUAUUAGAGUUUGUUUAAUAUUUCAAACUGACAAGGUGCGAAAGACAAAGCGAAUCAUUAGUUCAGAUAGGAUUUCUGGGGAUGCUGAUCAAACAGAGUUUAAUAGCAGAUUAAUUUAAAUAACCUACUAUUUAGUGGGCAUGAUCUAACCACCCACCUUCCAACCAUUGUCAGAAUCUAGAUAAUUAACGUCAUGAUGGAAAAUUUUUUAAAUCUUUUUGCCAUUACAUGUACUUGACAUGCAUAGUUAGUGGGUUAACUAUUAACAGUGUUGUAUAAAAAACAUUAAAUGAGUUAACAAAAACAAGUCUCUUCGCGUGUGAAGUUAAUUCCUAACCAUAGAAUUCAGCAUAUCUACAUCUAUUUAUUUCUUAAAAAUUUUUAAGGAUAUUUUUUAUGCGUACCAUAUUGAAACUGACAAUCAUGACCAAUCAGUAUCGAUAAGGGAGGCUCUAACAUCGAAUAUCAAAUAUUUCCUAAUUUUACGGUAGAUAGACCUAAAAUAAAGAACUAACCUGAAAUUCCCCGAAAAAUCUGAAACGUACCUACCUAGUACAGUGAGGGAUAGUCGCAUGAUAUCGCUGACUGAUUGAGUUAGACUUGAGAGCAAAUGGAUCUCGGUUCAGUUGUCUGAAGGUCAAACAUCCGAAUGUGAAGCCGGAGGUUCUAAAUUCGAUCUGCGGUUACCGGAUCGUGAUCACAUACUACUGAGGAGUCCCAACUUAGUAUAGAACAGUCGUCCAUUGGUUCCAUGUUCCUAAUGGUUGUUUAACUUAGAUUGAUUUCAAUGAAACUCACCAAUCUCCAUAACCCCAUACUGACUAAAAAGUAAAUUUCCGUUUUUCAUCCAAAUAAUCUGUUUUCACGCUUUAACAUGGAACAAUAUGAUCAAAAAUUGUUUAUAAAUAGUAUAGUCAGACUCAGUUAUUAUACAACAUAUCCUUAGUUUUUUAUUGCAUAAUAUAAAAUAGAGUUCUUUUGAUGAAUAACAAUGUUAUCAGCCAUUUUCAUAUUAGAACUUUAACUACUCGUAACUCAUACCUUCGAAAGGAAUUUCUUUACUUUUUAGAGAACGGCGGGGUUAUAAUGUAUGGAUGACCUAGGGGUACCCUGAGAAUGUCCAUCUACUUACUAGGAUUAAAAUAGGGUUAUAAAUGAAUGUAAGGAGUUAGAAUUACGACUUAAAUUUUGACAGUUAAGAUUAAGAGUAAGAGUUAGGGAUUUCAUCACGAACUGAAAAUAGCCAUAAUGCCAAAGUCCCAUUUAGCCAUAUAGAUGAAUGAAUUUCGUGCCAAGAUUCAAAAUUCACUAUCUUCAAUUCAACUAAUUCGUCCAUAACUUGCGAUCUCGUCAAAAACUCACUAAUUUCAAUAUGUUACCAAGUAAGCGGUUGUAAAUGUUUUCUAAUUCACAAAUACCAAUUAUACGGAACUUAACACGAAGUUUCUCAAAUCAUUAUUUGUAUUGUCAAUGAAAUUAAAUGAAAAAUGAUGGAAAAUAUUCAAAC